GCCGGGGGAGGAGUGGGACCCGCGGGCCGGGAAGGGCUCGGGCUCCGGUUACUCGGGCUAGGCAGGGGAGAGGAAAGGGCGGGACAGGGAGCCUCCCAGAGUGCGGGGUCGUGGCCUGGAACCAGCGCGGGAGCCCUAGACACGCUCAGCGCCGCUUCCUCUGCCCACCGCCGCUCCCUCCCCGCUGCAGUCCACCGAUGGAGUUUCCGGACCUCGGAGCUCACUGUUCGGAGCCGAGCUGUCAGCGCUUGGAUUUCCUGCCGCUGAAGUGUGACGCCUGCUCGGGCAUCUUCUGCGCAGACCAUGUGGCCUACGCCCAGCAUCACUGUGGAUCUGCUUACCAAAAGGAUAUCCAGGUACCUGUAUGCCCACUCUGUAAUGUGCCUGUGCCUGUGGCCAGAGGGGAGCCCCCUGACCGAGCUGUGGGGGAGCACAUUGAUCGAGACUGUCGUUCAGAUCCAGCACAGCAAAAACGUAAGAUCUUCACCAAUAAGUGUGAACGCUCUGGCUGCCGGCAGCGGGAAAUGAUGAAACUGACCUGUGAACGCUGUGGCCGAAACUUCUGCAUCAAGCACCGUCACCCACUGGACCAUGAUUGCUCUGGGGAGGGUCACCCAACCAGCCGGGCAGGACUUGCUGCCAUCUCCAGAGCACAAGGUCUGGCUUCUUCUACAAGCACCGUCACCAGCCCGAGUCGGACAUUGCCUUCAUCUACCUCUCCCAGCAGAACCACAACCCAGUCUCCAUCCCAGACAGCUGCCCCAGUGAUGGCUCUGCAGAAUGGCUUGAGCGAGGAUGAGGCUCUGCAACGAGCCCUAGAACUGUCCCUGGCCGAGACCAAACCCCAGGUCCCAAGUUCUCAGGAGGAAGAAGACUUAGCUUUAGCACAAGCACUGUCAGCAAGUGAGGCAGAAUACCGACGGCAGCAGGCUCAAAGCCGCAGCUUGAAGCCGUCCAACUGCAGCCUGUGCUAGGGCCUGGGGCUUGGGGAGGGAGGCUCAGCUGAGGAGGACUGUGGCCCUCACACCUCUAGGGUACAGAGGGAGAGGAGGCUGGGAGCAGCCUGGAAGACUGAGGAGGAGAAGACAAGGAGGCCACCUCCAGGGAGCAUCAGGAGGAAGAGCUUGUGGAUCCAAGCCUACAGAAGGCCCCGUUAGCCUCUCUGGCUGCAUGGGAGACUGCAGCUAGAACCAUCCAGUGGUUGGGCCCUUGGGGAAAGCGCUGGCCAGGCCCUGUUCAGCCCCCUGCAUCAUGUCAUCCCCUUUACACCAGGGCUGCCCCCAUGUCUAGGGGACAAGGAGGGGCCUGCAAAGAAUAAAGCAUCUUGGCAGCCAGUAA